GAAGGUCUCACCUCUCCAUAUAAGACCCAUGCCUCAUCCUUCCCUCUUCCUCUCUCACCAUCAUGUCUUUACUAGUAUCGCCUGAUUGCUGGUCAUCGGCAACUUUCCCUCUAGAUGAUUAUUGCUGGUCUGACUUAUUCCCUUGGAAUACUUUCGACAAACACAAUACCUACUUUCCUCCGUCUCCUUCUGAAACAUGUUCUUCCUUCUCAACCGAUCUAUCACCUUCUCCAGAACCAGUCACACUACGUGUAGUUUGCGACGUUCCUCUGCUCGCUCCUCGUCCGCUUCCGUAUCAUUCUCCUACUUUCCUCAAAUUCGAUUUACCCGAUCCUGACCAAGACCUGUCACAUCCACCCUACACACACAGACCUUCCAAGCGGAAACGUGAUCACAAUGACGACCACAACCGUGAUCAUUUGCGUGUAAAACGCCGCAACGCCGAUUUACAACGCUGGGCAGCCGGUGUCCACCAUACCGACACACAGGGUCGUUCUCACGUAUAUACCGCCACCCGGCCUGAUCGCCCAUCUUAGGGGCAUCCUUAUUAACACCAUCCUCUACUCCGGCUUUUCCCUUUCCGAGUAUAUGUAUACAUCCGAUUAUGUAUAGCGCCACCUGAUGUUUGCCACAUAUUUUGCCGCCCUUCCAUCACACCGCUUAAUUCGCACAGUACGUUUCCUCUACACCCAGAGCACAGCAAGUUAGAUUCAUAAUUACCAGCAUUAACUCCACACUGUAUACUAUUACAUAGCAUGUCAUCUGAGCCUUUUCAGAUAGUGGAAUCGUAGCAUAUGAUCACCUCA